AUGAGCAAGAAAGGAAAGGGAAAGGAGAAUCUUGACAGAACUAUGGCACAGGGAGGAUCCAGCGGAUCCUCCCUCUUCAAGUUUUCUAAAGAAGUUGAGAAUAGACUUGAUGCUUACAAAGAAGACACACUGGUCUUCGCUCCACUCAAAAGUGGAGUGUACCAAGUUGCCAAAAUCAUAGCUUGCAGGAUCAUCGAGCCGACUCCAGCCAAUGAGGCUCUGGCCGAAGGCCAGGACCUUGAGUACUAUGUCCACUUUGAAGGCUACAAUCGGAGAAUUGAUAAAUGGGUCCUCCACAAAGACCUGGUCAGGGAUGAUAAAUAAAAUGACUGAAGAAUUAGGCAAAAGGAAAGUUAUGGAAGAAGAAGAGAAAAAUGAAGGCGCUGGCUUCCUCGAAAAUGACGAAGACGCCGGCAUGGAUGAAAAACAAGUUACCAUGCAUGAGCAAGCGACUAAAAUAAAGACAAUUGAGUGGGUCCAAAUUGGCAAGUUCAAGUGCGAAACUUGGUACUUCUCACCCUAUCCUGAGCAAUACCACCAUAUUGACUGACUCUUUAUAUGCCAUUACUGCUUAAGCUUCUUCUCAUGCAAGGAGGACAUGGAGAGACAUUCUUCCAAAUGUGACAUCAGACACCCUCCUGGUGACGAGAUCUACAGAGAUGAGAAAGUAGCUGUCUUCGAAGUCGACGGUCAAAGAGAGCCGAUUUACUGAGAAAACCUUUGAUAUUUAUCCAAACUUUUCCUUGAUCACAAGAAUUUGGGGUAUGAGGUUGGACCUUUCCUUUUCUAUUGCAUGUGCGAAUACGAUGACGAAGGCUACCAAAUUGGAGGGUACUUCUCUAAGGAGAAAGACUUCUCCAAAAACUGGGAUGUUGAAACAAUCGGACAAGAGAAAAUGGAAAAAGAGAGAAACUACAACAACUUAUCAUGCAUCCUCGUCUUUCCUUUCCAUCAGAGAAAGGGAUAUGGAAAGUUCCUCAUCUCAUUUAGCUACGAGUUGGGAAUACUUGAGGGAAGGCAAGGGACUCCAGAGACACCGCUGUCGGAUCUUGGACACAGGACUUAUAUCUCAUGGUGGUCACAUCGCCUGCUAUCUUUCCUAAAGCAAUAUCAAGGGGAUGAGAUUUCUGUCCAACUGCUAUCUCAGAAAACAGGUAUCCUCCAAACAGACAUCAUCAACUUAUUUGAGUCAUUCAAGAUUCUUAGGUAUCACCAAGGAGAUCACUACUUCGUAGUCACAGAUGAAUUUAUCGAAACUUUAAUCAAGAGAGCUGGGCACCCUGGCCACCCUGUAGCGACUGAGAAUAUUCACUGGACUGGAUAUGAAUGGUAUAACUAAGUG